UUAUAUUGCUUCAAAAUGAUUAAAAUAAUUUUGUUAUUGUUACAGCAAAAAUGUGUAAAAGCACGUGCGCUGUAUGACAACAUUGCCGAGGCACCGGAUGAAUUGGCAUUUCGUAAAGGUGAUGUCCUCACAGUUUUGGAACAAAAUACUUCAGGCUUAGAAGGAUGGUGGCUGUGCGCUCUAAGAGGCCGACAGGGAAUAUGUCCAGGGAACAGACUGAGACUAUUAGUGGGUCAGUACGACACUGGAGGAUGCCUUGGGGGCAGCAGAGCGGACCUCACCCUAGCUGAAGAUGGAUUACAACGUCAUGGAAAGCGACGGAGUUGGCACGUGCAACCAAAUAGAGUAAUUACUCCACAAAAAUGCGGAGACGUUUAUUUAUAUGACUUGCCGGUUAAUAGAGCAAGUCCAGCACCUUCUUCACGGCGAGAUUCUCCACUUAAUUCUUCAGAUCAGCUUCAUAAUGCAAGCCGUUUAUCUUCUGGUCAGCAGAGCUCUAUUGACAGUGGAGGUGACGUAAGCGAUUGUUACGACGUACCACCACGAGCAACACCAGUAAUUCCAUCUCCAGCGAGCAGUCCAAGCCCGGCACCAUCCUGCUACGAUACUCCUCGACCACCAACAUCAUGUACCCCGAAUUCAAAUUGUUCUGGUGGGUCUGGUAUCACACCCUUGGAUUGUUACGACAUUCCUCGACCACUUCAACCACUUACACCCAGCAGCUCUGCGUCGAGCCUUACAAAUGAUGGUUCACUCAGCGGCUCCAAUAGAUCUAGUAUUACUGCGCCUGAUUACGAUAUUCCACGGCCACGUCUUCCAUCAAAUUCAAAAUAUAACACGCCUAUUCACAAAAUAUCAACUACGUCUCUAUCAUCACAGAACUUACAUCAGCAACAGCGACAGCAAAUUUACGACGUACCUGUCAAUCGAGAACUUCCAUUAGAGCUGGAUUCUGCUUUGGAAGGACUAGAAAAAUUACAGAGUGAAGCGUCUGCUGCAAUUGCAAGACUACUAGGAUUUGUUAGUCCUGGAUGGAGAACAUCACAACGGCUGGAUUCAACGCUAAUGGACUUGAGACUUGCAGCUUUGAGGCUUAGAACUUCGCUUCAUGAUUUAGCCGAAUUUGCAGAAGGUACUCUGGGGAAUGCUAGCAAAGCACCAGAUAAAGGUUUAGCUAACAAGUUUAGACCACUAGUCAAAGCUCUUCGAGAUUCUGAUAAACUUGUCAAAGAAGCUGCUUGGAAAUUGGACGCUAUAGAAUGGGACGCUGCUAAAUUGUCUCGGAAUAAUGAAUCUAAAAUUUCAACAAACAAUUCAUCGCCUUCUUUCAUUUCUUCUAUUCAUCCAGAUCCACUUGAUCAAUUGAUUGCUUGCGCACGAGCACUCACAGAGGAUGUACGGCAAAUUGCAAGUUUUAUUCAGUUUAAGAAUUUUUCUACUCAAAUCAAGAAGAUCACUGAAGACGACGAUUAUGUUAAUCUCGACUCACGUGAAACAGUUGCGAAGCAAAGAGAAGAAUUGCGUGCAACUCUGCCCCAAGAAUUACGAAGUAGUUAUGAUCUUCUUGUUUCUGAAGCUGAUAAUGCAGCUAUUCAAAUGCCACCUUCCACGCCCACACCCAUGGACCCGAAUGAUAAACAGCUGUUAGCGUUUUACGUCGCACAAGUGAUAACGCACGGUGCUCAUCUGACUCAUGCCAUUGACGCCUUUCUUCAAACUGUUGAACAUAAUCAACCGCCAAAGGUUUUCUUGGCACACGGGAAAUUCGUCGUCCUCAGCGCACACAGGCUGGUACAUAUUGGUGACACCGUACAUAGAAAUGUUACUCGAAAUGAUGUAAGAACUAAAAUACUUGAAUGUGCAAAUUCACUUAGUGAAGCGCUUGCUCAGACUGUUUUGAAAACUAAACAGGCAGCUCAAUUUUUUCCAAGUGUCACUGCUGUUCAGGAGAUGGUUGAUAGUGUUGUUGAUGUAUCACAUCUAGCCAAAGAUCUUAAAGUAGCUAUGAUUCAUGCAGCACAACAACCCUAA